UGAGACAUACACACGCCCAUUGUUAAGCCACAGCGUGUGAGUGAGAGAGAAGAAGUGAGGAAGAAGAAAAGAGUUGCAGAACAAUUCCAGAAUCUUCCAAUUUGAUCAGGAAAUGAAAGAGAAAAACUGCACUUAUUAUCAAAACAGAUAAUCACCAUAUGUAGGAGAAUAGGAGACACAAAAAAAGGGGAAGCAACUAAAAGUAAGGGAAAGUCAGCAGAGUGUGGGUGUGUGAGAGAGAGAGGCAGGUAAGUAAUAGAGCAGGAGUGGAGGAUGGAUGGCUGGUUGAACGAGGUGCAGCGUCGGCCCGUCCUCUAUGUAUUCUGCAGUUCACUGGCCUUCAGGCUGCUCCAAACACUGCUGAAGUUUCUGCCCAGACCCCACAUUGUUAGUCGUGAUCCAUGGAAGAGCUAUAAAUGGAAGAAUCUCUCUGUGUCACUCGUCCACUCGCUCCUGACGGGCACCUGGGCCAUUUUCUGUGUUUUUCAGUAUCCAGUGAUGGUAUAUGAGUUAUACUCGUCCUUCACUCCUGUCUCAUAUCUGCUUGUCGUCGUCUCAACAGGGUAUUUCAUCCAGGAUGCUGUAGACAUCAUCGUUAGUGGGUAUGCACGAGAAUCAUGGGAGUUUCUGCUUCAUCAUGGGAUGGUGAUAUGGACUUUCCUGUAUGCUGUUCUCACGAGUCACUAUGUGGCCGGCGCUGUGGUGGCUCUGUUUGUCGAAGUGAACAGUGUAUUUCUGCAUUCACGGCUCAUGUUCAAAAUGGCAGAAGUGGCCAAAGACUCGCACCUCUACACCAUUAACAAAUUUCUCAAUGUCUCAACGUACAUCAGCUUUCGUCUGGGGGCGCAGUUCUACCUGACGUGGUAUAUACUGGUUAACUACUCUUGGUUGGAUCAUGCUGGGUAUUUCCUGGCAUCUAUGAUGCUCAUGAACAUCAUGAUCCUUGUUUAUUUCUACCGUCUACUGCGAGCAGAUUUCUUCUCAAAGCGCAGCCAAUCAAACGGCAUCCGCAAAUUUGCCCAGGACUAAAAUGCCAGAGGGGAAUAUUCAGAAUACUGAACAUCAGUCUCAAGUCACAAAGCGAACCUCUGCAUUUCACACUGGAGUCUAGUUUAAGGUUUUCAGUUCACAUUGCUGACUGAUAUACAACACUCAACUGCAAACUGUAGCACUUUUUCCCUUGCAGACAAAUCACAAACGCCACAUGUGAAUUUGACACUUUUUACACAUUGUUUAUUUAAAUGUGGACUUUUCACAUGUAGAGGAUGCGUUUUUAUUUUUAUCAUCUUAAUCCUGAGUUUGAUCUUGAACUGUUUGGUGACUGUUUGGAGUUGUUCUCCACAUGCUUGUAUGCACAAACGUGCUGGUAUGUGUAUUGGCUAUGCUAAAUUGCUGCUAGGUGUUACAUGUAUGCAUGGUGCCCUGCUGCGGAUAAGCAUCCCACCCAGGGUGAAUUCCCGGCUCAUGCCCAGUGAAGUCCCUGACUACAUGAAAACACAUGAAAUGUGAUUUGUCUUUAAGGGAUAAACACUUUAUCAAUGUAGGUCCAUUAGCUGCAACUGAAAAAUCCAGGAAAAGUGUUCUGCAAAUUCUGCAAUCCCUCAUAAAAAUAUUGAUCUAUUUUGGGUGGAAAAAAGAAAGUGUGAAAUUAAUUUGAUCUCUAAUCAGCUUUGUCAAGCAUCUAAAAAUAUUUGAAGUCAAGCUAUUCAAAAUUCAUUCAGUUUGAAUCACAUAUUUAAAGUGUUUUAAAUCUCAAGUCUUCAUAACAGCAGAUAUCCAGUCUGAGACCUGAGAGAUAAAAACGGUUCUGACACUGAGCAGAGAACACAUUUUAACUAUCUGCUGCCCUCCAGGGCAGCAAUUAGUGUGAUGACACCGCAAUAGUGAACCCUCAGAAAAAUAAACACCAUGUUCAUGUGCAAGAUAUAGAUAUAUAAAAACCUACAAACAUCUUCAAUUAAAUGUAAUGUAAUGCAAUGUGGCCAUUAGAGUUAAGGUGCAUUGAAUAUUGAACAAUUAAACAUUUUAUUCUAGGUAUUUAGAUUUUUGUAGGGUAUUAUUGUUCAUUUAAAAAGUAUGUGUGUAUAAAGGAGGAUGCUUUAAUGACUUCUAAAUAAAAAUAAAAUCAUUAUUGCUCUUUCCUAACCUGCACAAACAUCACACACUUGAAGCACUAACUUCCAUUUUAUAUCCAUACAGAUGUGCUAAUUUUAUAUAUUUGAAAUAAUUACCUUUAUCAUAGAUUUUUUUCUAGCUAUUACAGUAACACCUCCCUUUAGUGUAGCCACAUGCACUUUUCUAGUUUGCUCAAAAUCAGUGUGUUAAAGAACAUUUGGUCUUACAUCACUUUCUGGAUGUUUAUUUCAGUCAGUUACCUACCCAAACACUUUAUGCCCAAGGAAUCCAGAGACAAGAAGCGUUCACUAUGGCAACACAGUGCAUGUUGAAAAUUGUUGUUUUUUUUUUUUUUUUAAGUGUAACAUUACACUGAUCACUGCUGUUGGUUUUGUCACUGUUCAAAAACGUCCUGUGAAUUCUUAAACACGAUACACAAUACCACCUUUAUGUAACAACCACCCUGUGCAGUGUUAUGAUCAGUUUUUUGACUAUGCAUUUUAUAUUAGUGUUAGUCUUAGUUUCAUUUAAAGUUAUACAAAUAGCAUAAGUUGUAAAUUUAGCCCAAUCUUUGCUUUUUUUUUGGGGGGGGGGGGGGGGGGGGGGGGAGCACUAACCUCAGAUGUGUGAUUAAAGGGAUAAACUGUGCUCUCAAAAUAUAUCCAUGUAAAUAGGCACUGCGCCUUUGCAUGCCGUUUUU